UCACCACCCUCAGCUAUUCGAUCAGUGAUUGAUUAAGUAUUACAAACAUGAUGCAGCGUGUUCAGCUUUUAUACGCUUCUUCAACCAUCAUAUGGUUGCACUUUCAAAGAAGCGGCUGGCGCUCAGGUUGCGCUCAAGGUCCGUCAAAAAAUAGUUUCGGUUUCUGUCGCAAAAAAAAAAAAAACAUCUUGUCUACCGUUUGAUAGGAACAAAGGACCAAACAGAGUACCAAAAUGUGCAUUAUUUAGUAAUGUGCAGCUUUGUAAAUUUAAUACCGCAAAUGGAUACGAUAUCCUCAUCGUUAUUACGAUACUCGAGAUCUCGUGGAUCUCGGAUCUCGUGCUCAAAGCCGUUGGGCAGGAAGCGUUCAUUGCUGACGCGGGAGGCGCUGCUGAGGUCGCAACUUGGAACGGUACGGCGCACAAGCCGAAGCAAAAGAUCGCUAUGUCAAGCACCGGCGGGUCCCCGUCGGAGACCUGCGUUGAAAAGUAUUUUGGCCUGGAGCUGCUCUUCAAAUCAUGCAAGGACACCCUGAAGUCUAAGAGCGAUGCUCUCGUCCUGCUGGCCCAUUACCUGCUAGUGAGAAGCGGCAAGCGCUGCCAUGGCAUCGGAGAGCAGUGGACGCAAGGCUCAAAGGGCACGGAGCUGUUGCCUGACAAGUGGAAUGACAACCAGUCCCUGUACACGCUGCGCUAUGCCUCCAUACAGGGCUCUGAGCGCUACGUGCUCAAAGUGAUUCCUUCGGGAGGCUUUUUGCUGGUGAACGUGCUGAAUGUCCGCAAGGAGAGGACAGCUUCAACCAAUGUCACCAUGAACAAGUUUGCAAGCGGCAAGUUCGAAGAGCUGUCCAGGGCAUACAAGAGCCUGGAUGACCUGAUCUCCAAGCUGAACACGGAGGUGGUCUCAGUGCUGGAUACGAUAGACAGUACCACCCAGGCCUCGUCGUCACGUGAGGCCUCGCGCAUGGUGUCCCAGGAGAACAAUCCCCUGCAUAUCCCCAGCAGGCAGCCUGGCAUCGAGUGGUCCCCGCUGCAGGAGGUUCCACGGGUGGGCCAGCGGGAUCUGAACCCCUUCUACCAAGGGCCACCCGGCGGUGGCAUGCUCAUGGACCCCCGACAGCUGCCCCGGCCACACCACUCGGAUCCCGGCGUCGGCAUCCCUGGCAUUCCCAGGGGAUCUAUUCCACCCGGUGCCAGGUUUGACCCAUUUGGGCCCCCGCGACCAGAUGCGCCAGGUACAGCCAACCCGCGGUUUGCUGGCCCAAACCCGGAUCACCUCCGGCCGCCGCCAGAUUAUGACGACAUGUUCAGCUGAGCUGAUUGUAAUAUUUUUAAUAAACAAUUCUUUCUAUGA